UAUGUUCAAGUUGAUUGCCUUUGCCGCUGCCUUGACAGCCAGUGUUUCUGCACACGGCGACCACAGCCAGGAAGCCUUCAAGGAAGGUCCUCACAAGAGCUUGUGGUACAACACGCUUCCUGGUGACGGGGGUACUCAGGCCGAUUCGGUCUUCUCAGGCAUCUCUACUUUCGGUCGUAUCGAGUACCACCCUUGUUUGGCCAGCGACGCUCGCAAGUAUGACAUUGCCUUCAUCGGCGCACCUUUCGAUACCGGUACAAGUUACCGUCCUGGUGCCAGAUUUGGUCCUAGUGGCAUCCGUCAAGGUUCGAGACGUCUCAACCUUUACGGAGGCUUCAAUGUCCCUCUCCAGGUUUGUAGCGACAUUCAUAUCUAUUUUGCGGUCCAANCGAACCCUUUCAAUGGAUGGGCCACCGUCAUUGACUGUGGUGACAUUCCGGUAACAAGUUAUGACAACGAAUGGGCUCUGAAGCAGAUUGAAGAGGGCCAUAACAGCAUUCUCAUGCGCGAGCCUGCUGCAAACGCACACAUGACUGGCCCUUCCAAGCACGGAAAGACGUUGCCGCGUGUCAUCACUCUGGGUGGUGAUCACACCAUCACCCUGCCUCUUCUGCGCUCCAUGAACAAGGCAUACGGACCUAUAACCCAUCUAGACACGUGGAAACCUAAGGUGUUUGGAGGAGCACCAUCCAAGGUUGCGUCCAUCAACCAUGGAACAUAUUUUUUCUACGCCGAGGGACUUUUGCGCAACGACACCAACAUCCACGCAGGGAUUCGCACCACUCUUUCCGGCAUGUCUGACUACGACAAUGACGGCUACUGUGGUUUCGAGAUUGUCGAAGCUCGCGAGAUUGACACCAUCGGCAUUGAUGGUAUCAUCAAGAAGAUCCAUGACAGAGUCGGGCACAAGAACCCCGUGUAUCUCUCGAUCGACAUUGAUACGCUUGAUCCUGCGUUUGCUCCUGCAACAGGUACCCCUGAGACUGGUGGUUGGACGACUCGUGAGCUCCGCACCAUCAUCCGUGGUCUUGAGGGUAUCCACCUUGUCGCAGCUGAUGUGGUUGAGGUCGCUCCUGCCUACGAUACCAAUGCCGAGCUGACCACCAUGGCCGCUGCUGACGUCUUGUACGAAGUCAUGGUAUGUAAAUCGAAGCCUGAUAUUGUU